CCUCCUUCGCCCAAUUGCGAUUUGUUUCCCGUGUUAUGACCUUGUUUACUUGUCGAGGCAAAGCCUUUGGAGCAGAAUUAAAUAAUAAUAAUAAUAAUAAUGUUUUCUGUUUCAGCGUAAUGCACCUGGCAGCGGUGUGUGCAGUGGAGGUGGGAGAAAACGGAAGAAGAUGGCGCUUCUUGAGGAUUACACGCUUCCUGUCUAGAGAACUGUUUUAAGCCUUUUUCAUGGAAGCCUCUCGCUAGUUAGAAUCGCUAACUAACUAACUAAGUAGCUAACUAACUAAUUAGCUAACUAACUAGCUAGCUAAUUAGUGCUUUUGGUUAGUGGACAGCGUGUUAACGUUGGUUUUGGACCGUAUUUUUGUCUCUGGAUCACACACGAGCUGCAUCACGAUGGAUGAGGCAUCGCCAGCGUCUCUGACCGACAUGUGCCUGUCACUGGUGAGCUCCAGACUCGAGCGGUUCUGUGUGAAGCAGGCCGAUGGCUCGCUGUGUCUCCGUGAUCUUGUGGUCUUCCCUCAGGAGCUGGCUGACCAGCUGCUCUGCAAGAUGGCCACAGAGGGACUGCUGAAUGACAGCACGGUGGGGAUUUUCCGCAACAGCCGGCAGCUCCGGCUGCGUCGCGCCUGCAUCCGUACAGCCCGCAUCUCAGCAGAGGCUUUUGAGCGCGCUCUCUGCCUGCACCGGCUGCUAGAGCUUGAUGCUUCACGUGUCAACGCAGACCUCACCAUCACCGACAUCCUGCGCUGCCUCUCAGCCAGCAAGGCCGCACGUGAGAGCAUGCAACGGCUCGUGCUCAACGGCCUGAGCAUGUCCUCGCUGGAGGAGUCGAGCGGCCGCUGCUUCAGCUCGCUGCAGGGUCUCAGAGCGCUCAGCGUGUCCAACGUGGACUUCUAUGACUCAGGGCUGGUUGAUGUGUGCUCACUGCCUCGUCUGGAGAGCCUGGACAUCUCCAACACAUCUGUAACCAACCUGACACCACUGCUGAGCUGCAAGGACAGGCUGCGCUACCUCACCAUGCACCAGCUCAAACGGUUGGAGAUGAGCUCCAAACAGCUACUGGGCGUACUCAGCCAGCUGGAGGGCCUGCAGCAUCUGGACAUCUCAGAUGACAAGCAGUUCAUGUCAGACGUGGCCUGGCAGCUUCUGGAAACACCAGGCAUCCUGCCUGCACUGGUGUCUCUGGACCUCUCGGGCCGGAAGCAGGUGACCGACGCAGCCGUCCGGGCUUUUGUCGAGGAGAGGCCUGGCAUGACGUUCGUUGGUCUGCUUGCCACUGAUGCCGGCUUCUCUGAGUUUCUGUCUGGAGAAGGUACCUUAAAGGUGACUGGGGAGGCCAACGAGACUCAGAUCUGUGAGGCUCUGAGGCGCUACAGUGAGAGGGAAGGCUUUGUUCGGGAGGCGCUCUUCCAUCUUUUCAGCCUCACACACGUGAUGGAGAAAGCUCGGCCUGACAUUCUCAGACUGGUAGCGUUAGGGAUGAAGAACCACCCCACCAUUCUGAACGUGCAGUUGGCAGCCAGCGCCUGCGUCUUCAACCUCACCAAACAGGACCUGGCGUUCGGAAUGCCUGUACAUCUCUUAGGUCAAGUCACUCAGCUGCUGCUAGAGGCCAUGAAGACCUUCCCCAACCACCAACAGUUGCAGAAGAACUGCCUGCUGUCUCUCUGUAGCGACCGGAUUCUGCAGGAAGUUCCCUUCAACAGGUUUGAAGCUGCUAAGCUGGUCAUGCAGUGGUUAUGUAACCAUGAAGAUCAAAAUAUGCAGAGGAUGGCAGUGGCAAUCAUAUCCAUCCUGGCUGCUAAGCUGUCUACUGAGCAAACUGCGCAGUUGGGAGCAGAGCUAUAUAUAGUGAAGCAACUCCUGCACAUUGUGCGUCAGAAGACCUCUCAGGGCACAGUGGAUGCCACACUGAAGUUCACACUCAGCGCCCUGUGGAACCUAACAGACGAGUCGCCUACCACCUGCAGACAUUUUAUAGAGAACCAAGGCCUGGAGCUUUUCAUCAGAGUGCUGGAGUCCUUCCCCUCGGAGUCUUCCAUUCAGCAGAAGGUCCUUGGCUUACUGAACAACAUAGCCGAAGUGGGCGAGCUGCACGCAGAGCUGAUGGUACAGGGCUUUCUGGAUCACAUCAGGUCUCUGUUGCACAGUCCUGAAGUGGAGGUGAGCUACUUCGCUGCAGGGAUCCUUGCCCACCUCACUUCACGGGGCGAGACAGUGUGGACCCUCGACCUGUCCCUCAGGAACACACUGCUGGAGCAGCUGCACUCAGCAAUCCUGAAGUGGCCCAUACCCCAAUGUGAAAUGGUGGCUUACAGAUCAUUUAACCCUUUCUUCCCCUUGCUGGAGUGCUUCCAGACUCCAGGGGUUCAGCUGUGGGCAGCCUGGGCCAUGCAGCAUGUGUGCAGCAAGAAUGCUGCACGCUACUGUAGCAUGCUGUUAGAAGAAGGAGGACUGCAGCAUCUGGAGGCAGUGAGUUCGCAUCCUGAAACGCAUUGCGAUGUCAGGCGAUUGGCUGAGAGCAUUCUGGACAGCCUUCACCGCCACCGAGCGCGUACAGGCUACAUGGGAGCGACGCAAGCACACACACACAGAGAGAGAGACGUUCCAUGAGAGGGAUAACCCGUUACCAGUCUCUGGAUGACGCAUGAUGUACUACCUGGAAACUGUUUGUGUGUAUUUGUCUGUGUGUCCUUGUAUGGCUUGUUUAAUUACAUCCUCCAACCCUCCCCAUGUGCUCGGUUCCACCAACAAAUCAGGGCACUAGGGGGAAAAAACUUAACAAGCGUUCAUUUGCACAAAGCAAAUUAUUUAAUUUUUUUUUUUCAUCCUUUCUCGGUUUAGAAAUUAGAAUGUUUGUUUAUUUUCUCAUCUCUUUUGCCUGGGUAAAAAUUGGGUGAAGAGUGGCAAGAAGGAAAGAGAAUAGCAUGACAGCAUGUCUGCAUGUGCUGAGAGAGCAUGCUUUAGUUCCUCGGGAUUCUCAGUAUGCACAGUUGGAUUGAUUCAAAUCCAGUUUCGACAGAUUCUUGUCCCUGUGGACACAUGGCAAUAAAUAUCUCAAACUUA